UGGCCGCCGCCUACAGGGCGUGAAAGUACAUGAAGUACAUGAUUACAGCAACGCACCGUUCUCGUCGUUUGCCGAGCAGUGUGGAUUUUACCGCUGGCCGUGUCGUAAAUCUGCUAUAAAGUUGCCAGUAGCGGAUUGAGUGUGUGUGUGGGUGUGACAGCGCCGCCCGCUCACUCGCCAGGAUGUUCGCGAAGCCGUUCCGUGUGAAAUCCAACACGGUGAUGAAAGGGUCUGACAGGAGGAAGCUGCGAGCAGACGUGUCGGCGGCGUUCCCUGCGCUCUCCGGGGACGAUGUGAGCGCCUUGGUGCCAAGUAAGGAAGAGCUGAACGUGGUGAAGGCGUACGCUCACAGAGGAGACGCCGUCACCCUCUACGUCCUCCACAAGAACCCCGUGUUCUUUGAAGUGGAGAAGCACAUCUAUCCCACAGUGUAUACUCUGUGGCGCUACCCAGACACCCUGCCAGCCUUCACAACUUGGCCCACGGUGCUGCAGAAAUUGGCAGGAGGUGCUGAUCUCAUGCUGCCUGGGGUGGUUGUGCCCUCUCAGGGUCUCCCAGAGGUCAAGCAGGGGGACUGCUGUGCCAUUACUGUGGUGAGAAACAGGGCUCCUGUCGCCGUGGGGACUGCGACCAUGUCCACGGGAGAGAUGCAGGGUCUCGGCAUGAAAGGGAGAGGGGUUUCCAUUCUGCACGCGUACAUGGACAGUCUGUGGGCGUUUGGGGACAAGUCAGGACCUCCCUCCAUCCCAGCCCCCCACAGCGAAGAUUGUGCUGAAGAAGAAUGCAGUGGUGAAGGAGAUGUUCCAGAGGAGGCUGCACCCGGUCCAGAUGGGGACUCAACCACAGACACCUGCUGUCCGGAUCUGCAGGAGCUCAGCCUUAACCAGGGGGAGACAGAGCAAGGGGAGGAGCAUGGGAACGAAGACGGCGGGACGGAGGAGGAGAAAUCCCCCCAGGAGCAGAUGGACAUUCUGCUCCUGCAAUGUUUCCUCCAUGCCCUCAAGAGCAAAGUGAAGAAGUCUGAACUCCCACUGCUGACGAGCACCUUCCUACGCAACCACAUGUUCUCCUGCUGUCCUAGUGGGAAGCAGCUGGACAUCAAGAAAUCAAGCUAUAAGAAGCUCUCCAAGUUCCUGCACUCAAUGCAGCAGCAGCACCAUCUGGUUGAGAUAAAGGAGCUGAGCAAAGGAGUGGAGAGCAUCGUGGACGUGGCCUGGAAGCAUCCUGAGCUGCGUUCUUUCUGCCCCCCUGAGGAGAGUGUGUCGGAGGAGGCUCCUGUGGACGGUAGCGGGGACCACGACAGGCCGUACCACCCCCCCGAGAUCACCCCUCUCUACGUGGUCUCUGCCCGGCUGGAGCCACUUUUCCAGGACUCCCAGAAGAGAAAGGGGGCAGUGCUCUCCCCAGAGGAGGUGAGGACCAUCAUCACAGAGUAUGUAAAGAAGAAUGAGCUAGUAGAUGAACACAACAAAAACUUCAUCAACAUCAACCCUGCCCUGUGCGACUGUCUGCUGGAGAAGUCCGAGUACCAGGAGGUGGAGAAACUCAAGUGGGAUGAUCUCUUCACCAGGACAAUGGACAAAAUGCAGCACAGUUACAAGCUGCUGUUCCCAGGCCAGGAGCCCAUCAUCAAGAAGGGUCAGAUCGAACCCAUCAACAUCUCGGUGGCCUCCAGGGGCUCUAACAAGAAGGUGACCCUGAUCAAGAACCUUGAGCUGUAUGGUAUUGACCCUGCAGCAAUGGCCACGACCCUACAGCACCGUGUCCAGGCCAGCACAGUCCUCAACCCUGUGCCGGGAUCUAAAGACAGAGUUUUAGUUCAGAUCCAGGGAAACCAGGUCCAGCAAGUUGGAAGCAUACUGCUAGAUCAGUACCAGAUUCCACGCAAGUACAUCCAAGGACUAGAGAAAGGGCAGAAGCCAGGAAAGAAGAAGUAGGUGCAUACUUCAUUCUGAAGAAAUGUGCAUUAGGGAACAGUGUUGAGCACUGCUGUAGAGAAUAAA